AUGGCUGCAGACUGUCCUCCUUGCUACGAGGAGGGUGAUGAAGAGUGGACCACUGAUGAGGGAUCACAGUCAGACCAAGCACUGUCAACAGUGCCUACAGUACCAAGCGGUGCUCCUGCUAGCCCCUUCAGAGCCCUUAGCGGUGUGAACAAUGUGGACUUUCUCCAGUGUUCUCCUACCUACAAGAAAGGCCCACGCCAAGACCCUGAUACCACAUCUGCCUACGCUGGAGCAGGACAGAAAGAAAGUGUUUACUCAACCUCCGCUCAGCGUCCCGCCAUUUCAGCCUUUGCAGCCACUUCUACACCGCGUCCUACUUCCGCAGCACCCACCACUACUGCGUCAAACUUGCCAAAAUUUGACUUAUCCUUCGGUGCUUUAGCAAUCACAAAGUCAUUGAGCAACAGGAUGGCACCCUUCAGCAAACGAGCAUACCGUCAGGCUCAUCAGACGAUCGAGUUCUUCGAGCAGCAGCCAACAUCGACUCAAGCGCCAUCUGAUGCAAGACCUACUCCUACCAUGACUUCGGCUGGUAACAACCAUCAUCGGGCUACCGUGCCGGGCACAAUCCAAAAAUGUCCUGGUCCGGAGAAAUGUGCAGACUGUAAAGCCGGUCGGUCAGCGCCUACCCCAGUCGGUGGCUCAAGUGCUUUGCCUGCAGGUGCUCCUCCCUCUGUGUCAAAGGCUGGAGAGAUGAGCCAGCAGAACACAACUAUUCACCUCUCAGACAUACACUACGGCAUCACACAUGCAACAAGAGCUUCUGAUCAGGCGGCCAUCAAAUUUGAGACGAUCAACCCGCAACCUCGACGCUCGACCUUGUCUUGGGGAGAAAUGUUCUGCUGUCUCACAGAUCGACUCCAACGAGAGGCUGCACACGACACAAUUUUACACCUUGUUCAAAAGAUCGAGCUGGACAAAAUCGAGAAAGGCUGCAUUGCAGAUUACCUUCCAUUCUUGGCCGAUCGUCAAAUCAUCCAAAUGAUCGACAAAGCAAAGCUUAGCUCCGAAUGGCUCUCCAAACCUGAUGAAGUAGAGGCAGCGCGCAGGUCGCAAGCAUCCUCGACGCGUGCAGAGGCUACGCCGGCUCCAGAUGGUCUGAAGUCAUCCGACCCAGCAAGCAACCCAGCAAGCAAGACAGCAAGCGCACAUGACAAGGACAUUAGCCAAGAGAUCGAUGGCCUCCAUCUGGAGGAGGAGCAGAAUAACUUGAAGAGACUGAAGAAAUGGGGAGAUGCACUUAUCCGUGAGAACCGUAAGAUGAGAAAUAAAUGGAUCUCGGAGACGGAAGCACAAUUGGACCGUGAACAGCACGAGGGAGCUACCAACUCCAAGUCUUCCCUGUACCUAAAGACACUCCUCGAAGCCGUCAAAGCGGGAGACGAAGAAUCGCCCACCGGAACCCUGCUUCAAGAUGAUGUCUCUAUCGCCAUGGACCUCGCCGUCAAGACAGCCAUACCUUCUGAUCCAACCAUUCCCUACUCCCAGAACGCGCCAAGGCACGCAAAGAGGCGCGCAAGGCCAAGCGAGACGAGAGCGAAGCCGGGGCGGUCGCCGUUGCCUCGAACCCGGCUAUCACCGACAACAACAACUUCGCCCUCGACCUCUCCGCACCCUUGCCCUCGACCGCUUACCCGCCUCCUCCCGCUCCACCUCACAGCCACGCCACCGUCAUCCUCUGGGCGCUCUCGCUCUCGGCGUCGCAACUCGCCUCCCUGA